AUGCGUCACGCGUCGCUCAAGCCCCUCGGCCCGCCGCCGCAGACGUCCUGUGCAGCUGUUGCAGACCCAAGAGUUGCUUCCAUCAGGAGAGCAGACGCCGUCGCCAGGCCAUCAUUGCGAGUCGUGGUCAGGGCGCAGCAGGACCCAGGGGCCUAUGACACAAUCAGGGAGUCCAUGCCCCGCCAGGCUCCAGAUGCGCCACCGCCGCCCCCGCCCCCGCCACCACCUCCACCGCCUGGGCCUCCCGAGGGAAAGAUAUUUGGGCAGCCAAGGCGUGUGGUGCUGCCAUUCCUUGCUGCCAUUCCACUUGCUUUGUGGUGGAGGCUAGGCGCAAAACGUACGAUCAACCGCAACGUUCUUUGGCUGCCCACUUCAGCUGAGUAUAUCGGCAAGGCAAAUUAG